CAGAGUCUCCAACUCCAAGUUGUGAUUCACAGCGCCUGCCUUGUCGCUGCGCCUGCUUUGACCCAAGACAUUCGCAAUUCGUUUCAAGAGCUUCGGGAGGGAAUGUUGUUGACCAGAUGAGGGCGUGUGGCUGGCGGCCUGAGCGGAAAAGAAGUGUUGAACACGUGCGGUCCGUUUAAUCACACAGCCUCUGAGACCGAUUGCUCUGCAAAGAUGAAGAGGCGAAUGGAUUAUACUGAAGACAUUUUUGCUGCGUUGUGGAAUCGGAGCUCUAAAAGGAGGCGGGAGCAUUACGGUGCUUCCAAGGAUGAAAGCGAAUCAGAGGGGUCAGAGGAUGAUAGUCAGUGGGAGGGUUCUGAUGGAUGCCAGUCUAGCGGCAGCCAGUGGGAGGGCUUGGAAGAAGACGAGAGCCAGUCAGAAGGUUCCGAGGAUGCAAGCGAGUCAGAGGAUUCAGAAAGCGGCACCGGAGCAUGGGACUCGCUUGGGGGCCACUUUUAUCUUGGAACGUCAGGCUGGCAAUUUGCUGAUUGGAAGACCAACGUGUAUCCUGCAACGGUGAAGAAGAAGGACUGGUUUCAGGAGUACAGCUCUCAUCUCAACAGCGUCGAGGAGAACCGCUCGUUCCAGAGUAUCCCCUCUGAAGCCAGCAUCCAGAAGCUGAAUGAGCAAGCGAACGGAUUGACGCGCAACUGGAAGAUGAACCCCUCUGAUUCUCCCGCCCGGCUGGACGCUUUCUUGAGGGCGGCAAAGCCGAAGUGUGCCAAGUGGGCGAUGGAGCUGCGGCACGAGUCCUGGCUAUGUGAGUCCAUCUACAGCGUCUUGAGGCAACACAACGUCGCUCUGUGCAUCCAUGACAACGUCGACGUGGAGGAGCACCCGCAGAUGCUGACAGCGGACUGGACGUACGUGCUGUUCCAUGGCCCAAGAUCUGAGAGCACAAACACGUGGAGCGAGGGGUAUGAAAGGAAGGAGCUACAGGCGCGAGCUAACUGGAUUCGCAAGGUGCUCAAGCAGUACAAGGACGUCUAUGCCUACUUCCGGAACCACAACGAGGGCCACGCUUUCCAUGAUGCUCUGAAGCUGCGGGCAAGAGUUCUCCCGCUGAAGGAGAGCAAGUCCAAGAAAAGAUAG